AUACAAAGUAAAAUAAAACUGAUUGAUUGACAACUACCCAGGAGGCACCAGUGCAAAGCACCGAAGAAUCAGGCAAAACUGUAGUCAGGGACAGGCUGAGGUCAGGGCAAAUGGAGUAUGUGCCGUAAACGGCCUGAGGUCAGGGCAGGAAGUGAAGGGUCAAUACAGAAGUCAGGCACAAGUCAAGUCCGGCAGUGGAGGGUCAAUAUCCAGAAAACUGACAUAAGUCGGUACACAAGCAGACAAAUGAAUAAAGCACACCUUAGCAAGAACUAGCACACUAGGAAUCUCUUGUUCAGGCACUUACAAGGUGGCCAGCUAUUGGCUGGUGUGGAUUAGGAUGCGCACGCUCUGGCCUUUUAUGAGCAAGAGUAAGUAUGCGCUCUACAUGCAAAGGAGGAGGAGGAGAGGCUUUGCUGCGUGGAGUGACAGAGCAACCCCAGUAGCAGUACCUGGUGGAAAGAGGGGAAUAACGAAAUGCAGGUCUGUGCCACCGGGUCACAGACCAGGACAGGUAAGCAGAACAAAUGUAGCCCGCGCUGCCACUGUAACAAAUUUCAAUUGUGUAAAAGUAUAAACCACAAAAACAAUUAUAUACAUUUGGUUUUGCAACAUACCAUAAAGUAAAGUCUUAUCAUUUUUUAAAAGGCACAGUUAACAGUGUAGAAAUCUGUAAAAACAAUCGAGGAAUAGAGAUUUUACGGAACACACCCCAACCACCCACACUUGCAAAAAAGAAGAGAAGAUACAGACUGUGUGGGUAAUGACUAUGCUAAGAGGAUGUGGCAGGUUCAUCCACAAGGCCAAGGUUCUGUGUGAUAUCCCCAUUCAGCUGCCAGGAACCACCACCUCUUCCUACUACUUCUCCGUCAGACGGCAAUGUCCUACUGAGGAACUGCGAGAUUUUGCAUUGCCUAAUGCCACAUGGAGCCAGAACCUGAAGGUUCUAUACAACAAAUUCAUGGACCUCAGUGAAAAUGGCAGCUGGAAACGGAUCCCUUCCCACAACACCAUUGCUCAUCAUUUAGAAGGUGACCCUCUCGCAACUGGGAUAGACAAACGGAUGUUCCUCAGAAACUUAGACGAUGAUGGUCUCGGAUUUGAGUACUGCAUGUUUUAUAACAAGGAUGAGAGGAGAAUGGUCUGUCUUUUCCAGCCUGGCCCCUACCUUGAAGGUCCCCCAGGGUAUGCCCAUGGAGGCUGCAUUGCCACCAUUAUUGACAGUACAGCUGGAGCAGGAGCCGUAUAUACAUGUGGUAGCGUCAUGACCGCUAAUCUCAACAUCACCUACCACAAGCCCAUACCCCUAGGGUGCACCUUGUUUCUGGACAGUCAUGUGGACAGAAUUGAAAGAAGGAAGGUGUACUCAAGCUGUCAGAUUCAAAGUCAUGAUGGUGCAACACUUCAUGCAGAGGCCACAGCUCUCUUUAUAAAGGCGAACCAAUGAGUGGGAACAACUGAGAACAGAUCAUCCAUGGCUGUCCAUGAGCCUGGCCAACCAAAAGAAAAUGCACAAAGUGGUCUACAGAAUCUAUAUGUACCUUUGACUUCAUGGCAGCUGGAAACCACUAAUAAACAUAGAA